AUGCUGCUAGAUGAAUAUAUCCUUUAUCACCCGAGGUUACUGAACAAAGAAGAUGUAGUCAUUCUUGACUCCUUGAAUUACAUAAAAGGUUUCCGCUAUGAGUUGUUCUGUGUAACAAAGGCCUGCCACACCCCCCAUUGUGUUAUAUUCUGUGAUAUCAGUUCGGAUCGUGCGUCAGAGUUCAAUCUGCAGAGGAAUGAGCCAGACAGAUACACCCAGGAAAUGUGGACGAUGACCUCCCAGGUGACCAGAUCUGCCAGGCGCUGUUUGAUCGGAAGCCGCCACCCCCAAAUCAGUCAACACAGUCGGUACGUUGCCAUGGCAUUCUCAGACUGA